AUGUCUGACGAGGAGCAUCACUUCGAGUCAAAGGCCGAUGCUGGAGCUUCGAAAACUUUCCCCCAACAAGCUGGUACCAUUCGCAAGAACGGUUACAUCGUCAUCAAGAAUCGUCCUUGCAAGGUUGUGGAGGUUUCAACCUCUAAAACUGGCAAGCACGGUCAUGCUAAGUGUCACUUUGUUGCAAUUGAUAUCUUUAAUGGCAAAAAGCUUGAAGAUAUUGUUCCUUCUUCCCACAAUUGUGAUGUUCCCCAUGUCACUCGUACUGACUACCAGCUGAUUGAUAUCUCUGAGGAUGGAUUUGUGAGCUUGCUGACUGAGAAUGGCAAUACUAAGGAUGACCUGAGGCUCCCAACUGAUGAUAAUCUCCUCUCUCAGAUUAAGGAUGGAUUUGGUGAGGGGAAAGAUCUUGUUGUGACUGUGAUGUCUUCCAUGGGAGAGGAGCAGAUCUGCGCCCUCAAGGACAUCGGCCCCAAGUAA